AACAAUCUUUUAAUUUUGUAUAACUUUACUGAACUCGAAAUGAAUUACGUACAACACUGACAAGACUUGAAACAAUGUUUGAGCCCCAAUAUUGCGAGUUGCCUGAAACGGUGAAGCGUGAAACGUUGCCUUACUACGAAUACUACUUGGGUGAGAAGGAUGAACAGGAUAGGAGGCAUGGUGUUGGACAGAACUGCUGGACGGGUGCUGAGUCCAUCGACUGGCAUUGUGGCAGUUUCCUCCGCGACACUAUGCACGGGCCCGGCGAAUACCGCUGCCGAUAUAAAGGCAGAGAGGGGCUGUUCCUAACAUACGAGGGAAGAUUGUACGUUAACCAUAUGCACGGUUACGGGGUCAUGUCGUACCCGGACGGGAAAGUUUACACUGGUUUAUUCAACAACGACGUCCGCUAUGGCCCCGGCGUAGAGUCUUUCGCGGACGAUACUGCCAACGUCGGCCUCUGGCGCAGCACGAAGCUAGUCCGCCUAGCGUGGAGACCGCUGCCCCCCGUGGCCCCUGAACUCGCAGCCUGGCGGGGAGGCCGAGCAAUCGUUAAUCCACAUCGGGUUGUGAUGCAGACUUCUUUUAGAACUUUUGACAAAGUGAACAAAGCAAUGGAAUUCUUGAAGCAACACGGCUCAGACCCAGUGUCCGCAACUGAAAAUUGGGCUCGACUGUAUCCUAAACAUUGUACGGACCUCGAGAGUCGACUCUGCCCUGUCGAGCUUUUUGACUACGAGUAUUAUGAUGGGAAGGUGUAUACGCUGAAGGAAUAUGACAGUGCUCAAAAUAAUGAGUACCUUGAUAGCGAAAGCCAAAACAGUUCGGAAUAUGCAGGCUUAUACUACGCAUGGAACAACGAUCCAGUGACCAUAGACAUGAUGAAACAUUGCUUCAAACAUGAAAAACAGAGAGGAGAUGUGUUUAUCGACUUGGAGGCUAUGCUGAGUGGACUAAGGAGUAAAUUCAAGCCUCCGGCUAUGCAUGAAUUGGAUAGCAGGACUCUGCUAAUGGCGUGUUAUUUGGGUCACGUGGCCACCACAACCGACCUCAUCAACGACCGCGGAGUGGACCCGCAUGUCACUGACAUGCUAGGCAAUUCCGCCAUCAUGUAUGCUACUUGCGGAGACCAAGUCCCCCUCAUAACCUUCCUAGCCGAGGGUGGUGCGAGAGUGAACAGUGCCAACGACGCAUGCUGCACUCCUCUGGCCGUGGCCCUGAUGAGGCUCCUGUGUGCCAGCAGAGACGUCCCCAGCGACGGGAUGAUGCAAGCCUUCGUACCUCCGACUGCUUCUGCUACCUUCGAACCACCAACAGUAUUGGAUUGGAAUAUAACCAGGGAGACUCAAGCAGCGCCUGCGAAAAACACAUUAGCAAAGGUUUCGAGCAAGACGACGAUAACCAAGAUGAACGUGAAGAACAAAUCACUAUCAUCUGUAAAAGAUAUCCCAACUCCUAGUAAAAUAAACAUAGACACAUUAAACCCAAUAGAUGAAGAUGAUCCCGAAAGUAAAUUGUAUAGAGAUGUCAAUAAUGAAUAUAUGAUCAAAGUAACAGAUACACUUGAACCAGUGGCUGAACCAGUAACAUAUCUAUUUGAUCUCAAUUAUAUGGUUGACGAAAUUAAUACAGAACAGAAAAAAUUGGCACAACCUGAGAAAAAGGAUCCGAAAUCAAUGGUAUCCCAUGUUUUUAAGGAACCAACUAAGCCGAGUAAAGAGGCGAUUUGGAAUUCUCAGAAAGACGAGGAUACUUCUAUGGCUACCGCAGAAACCCGUAAAUUAGAUAUAUGUAGUCGAAUCAAGUUGACAAUUCUCACACUCCUCGAUAAUGGAGCGAAGCCAAGCCUGGUGCGGUGUCCGCAGCCGGCGCUCGUCAUGGCGAUCCUCGCUGGCGCCCCGGAUUUGGUGGAUUGUUUGAUACACUACGGCGCUGAUGUCAAUGAGGUUUAUCCUCAGCAUUUCAACUACACGCCACUAGACAUAGCAAUGUCUCUGCCGCUAAACCAAACGACUCUGGAUUUGGUACUAACAUUGCUGAUGGGCGGCGCAAGCGCUAAUCAUCGGCUGACCAUCUUCCAGCGUCUUUCGCCAAGGGAUCCCGCAAGGCUGAUAGAACUAGGGCCGGGGCCAACGUUGCUCCAUUAUAUUUUAGCGAGGAGAGUGGAAAGCGAAGUUGAGGAAGACAUUCGAAGAGAAAUCAUUCAUCUCUUGGUCGAAUACGACUGCGACCCUUUAGAGCGAUACAACGGGCGUUCAGCUGUCGACGAAGCGACGAAAAGCCUGGAUCUGCUGGACAUCAUUAUCAAGAAUCCCAAAACCAAUUUAAACGCCGCCAUUGACGAUUCUAACCAGACUAUUCUGGUCAAGAUGUUUUAUAUGCCGUACUUCAGGACACUGGGUAAUGUGGAGCGGAGUCAAACGCUAACAAACCUCUUAUUGUUUGGAGCCGAUCCGUUGAUUGAAUGUGAAUGUGAAGGUGUCAAAUAUCAGAAUCUAUUCGUGAUGGUAAAACCGCAGUGUGUGAUAACGCGCCCCACAGCGACGGCUUCAAAUGAUUCCCCUGGUAGCAAAAAGGUAGAAGCAAAACCAAGCUUGUCGAAGGCUAAAAAACCUGAACCGAAAAAAGUAGAAAACCCAGCGUCCGAUAAUUCUCGUUACAUUGAGAGCCUCAGGCAAGCGGUUGACCUGAUGACUGAAUGCUCAAGGAUCAUUUACAUCAGGUGGUUACAGACGCAGCUGGCUAAUGAAAUCAUCCAGGUCAUUCACAAAUACAAGCACCGACAUUGGAGCAUGAUUAUCAAAGAAUGUAAAAACAAAAAAGCAGCCGGUCUUUGGAUUACUGCUCAACGCUGUUUGGAAAUCUGGCGCCAUCUUAAGACCACUAAAAAGAAAGUUUACCAAGACAGAGCCGUUCUAUGGAAUCUGCUUUGCAUUGCCCACUUCUUCCAUCUAAGAUCGGUGACGAAAUAUGGUUUUAACAAAGUGACAGCCGCAGAAAAACAUGAGUCAGAAUCUUAUGCGAAUGAUAUCUUAAAAGAUGGUAAGAAGAGUCCAAUGGUACCAGUGCGGCGAUAUGUUCAGCCAGAGCUCUUUGUUAACGCGGACGCAAAAUUCAAGGUGUGCUUUGAAUGCUUCUUGCCCCUCACCGAGGACCGAAUCCUGUGCUGCUCCUGUAAAUUCGUCUCGUUUUGCAAUAUGGACUGCUUAAAAGAGAGCAUUGAAAAGAGCAACCCAAGUAGCAUUGCAAGCUCCAUUUAUAACGACGAACCUGUACAAAACCAAUCGUCCGAAAUAAAACAAAGUUAA